ACCCAAGGAAACCAAACCCUGUUGGCGCUUUUAGAAGUUUUGGUUCCCUUGUUCAAAGCAAGCAACAGCGGGAGGCGCAGAUCUGAGUGCGAGUGAGAUUGAAGUUGAAGAAGAUGUUAGACAUUAACCUCUUCAGGGAGGAGAAGGGCCACAACCCCGAACUCAUCCGCGAAUCUCAACGGCGUCGUUUCGCCAGCGUCGAACUCGUCGAUGACGUCAUCAACCUCGACAAGGAGUGGCGCAAGCGUCAAUUCGAGCUCGAAACUCUCCGCAAAGACUUCAACAAGAUCAACAAAGAAAUCUCCAAGCUCAAGCGUGCUGGUGAAGAUGCAAGCAACAUUAUUACUCAAUCGGAGGAGACUAAGAAACUCAUUGCAGACAAAGAGCUUGAAGUUCGUGACACUUUCAAACUCUUAAAUUCUAAAUUGGAAAGCAUUGGAAACCUUGUCCACGAUUCGGUUCCCGUCAGCAAUGAUGAGGCCAAUAAUGCCGUAAUUAGAACCUGGGGAGAGAAAAGGGUGGAGCCUAAACUGAAGAAUCAUGUAGAUCUAGUUGAUCUCCUUGGAAUAGCAGAUACAAAAAAGGGAGCUGACGUUGCUGGUGGUAGAGGCUUCUAUCUUAAAGGAGAUGGAGUUCGACUUAAUCAAGCUCUAAUAAACUUCGGUCUUGAUUUUUUGGAGAAAAGGGGAUAUACUUUAUUGCAUACUCCUUUCUUCAUGAGAAAAGACAUAAUGUCAAAGUGUGCUCAAUUAGCCCAAUUUGAUGAAGAGCUUUACAAGGUAACAGGUGAAGGAGAUGACAAAUAUCUGAUUGCUACGGCUGAACAGCCCCUUUGUGCUUAUCAUUUAGAUGAUUGGAUCCACCCAACCCAGCUACCCAUAAGAUAUGCUGGAUAUUCAUCAUGUUUCCGAAAAGAAGCUGGAUCACAUGGUCGAGAUACUCUAGGAAUAUUCCGUGUUCACCAAUUUGAGAAAGUGGAGCAGUUUUGCCUUACUAGCCCAAAUGACAAUGAUUCAUGGAACAUGCACGAGGAAAUGCUAAAAAACUCUGAAGAUUUCUAUAAAGAAUUGAACAUUCCAUAUCAAGUUGUUGCCAUUGUGUCUGGUGCUCUGAAUGAUGCUGCAGCAAAGAAAUAUGAUCUAGAAGCAUGGUUUCCAUCAUCGCAAACUUACAGAGAGCUAGUGUCCUGUUCAAACUGUACAGACUACCAGGCCAGAAAAUUAGAAAUUCGAUAUGGGCAGAAGAAGAGCAAUGAGCAAAUGAAGCAAUAUGUUCACUUGUUGAACUCUACCCUCACAGCUACUGAGAGGACCAUUUGCUGCAUACUUGAGAACAACCAGAAGGAGGAUGGUGUUGAGAUACCUGACGCCCUCCGACCAUUCAUGGGUGGAAAGGCAUUCCUACCUUUCAAGAACCAGCCAGUUAGUGAAGCCAAAGGGAAGAAAUCAAAGGCCUAGUUUCACUAUUUUAGUUUAGUCUGAAUGAUAUUUCAUUUAUGAAAAACAGGUUUAUUCAGAUUUUGUUGAGAAAUUCAAACUACAACUUAAUAUUUUGUUCAAGUCUUGAAAACCAAAAUGUUUCUUCAAUGAGAUUAUUUCUCUUGCACAA